GACACAUUUUGUGUCUCUACCAGAAUUUGGGUAGAGAUUAUUCAUUGAUUUUUCCACGUGAUCCAAAAAUUGCGUGAGGUUAAGUAGAAUUGCGUAGCCUGCAAAAGUGAUCGCGGGCUUCUUAGCAACAGUUUAAGAAUGGAUGCUAGUGCUAGAAAAGAGAAGAUGAUGGAGUAAUAACAUCAUCAGGCAUUCAGCUAGGAUAUAGUCAUCUAAGACACCAGCAGAGAUUAGCUUGUUUUAGUUUUACGUGAUGAGAACUGGCAGCCGAAAGUCAUUGGUUGCCUAAAGCUUUUAAUAACCUGUACAAUACAAGACAGAUAAUGGCAGACGUCAGCAGUUGAAUUGAGAGUAGUCAGACUUGUACAAGCUGUCUUAAAUCCCUGCCACUCCUCGGUUCAAAGAAGGACUGCCAAGAUUUCUACGUUCAUCAGCUGUUCCAUGCUAAUCCACAAGUUGUGGCACAACAGACACUGGUACAAGGAUCUAUAAAAUGAGUAUGUUCUCAAGCUGUAUGUUAACUCUACCUGCUGGACAGUCCCAGAGAUCCACUUUCAGGAGAUCAAGUAAAACCUCUCAGUCUUUGGGCUCUAAUUGGAACCUAAACAAAGCACACAAACUCUACUUCCUAGUUAUCCUUGUUCUCUCUGGCGAUAUUCAGUCUAACCCUGGCCCUGUUGUCAAUUGGAAGUACCCUUGUGGAAAAUGCAACUGUCCUGUAAAGACCAACCAAGCUGGAAUCAUGUGUGAAGUCUGCUAUGCAUGGCACCACUGCAAAUGUGUCUGCAUUGAUGAUUCUGAGUAUCACAGGCUCCAGUUGUCUGAUGAAGCAUGGUGUUGCUCCUCUUGCUUCAGGACAGCCUUGCCGUUCCAUGACUCAUCAACACUAAACUCUACCAUCAGCUCAACCUCUUGCUCUACUUCAGACUCUAUUUCUUCCUCACUCGCCAGUUCUCAUGGAAGGGACUGCACAAUUGUGUACACUAACUGUCGCAGCGUACUGCCCAAAAUGGACAUCCUUCGUACCCAUGCUGCCUCCUUUGGCCCAGAUGUUUACGCUCUCACUGAAACCUGGCUCGACGAUUCCAUAUCUGACAUUGAGAUCUUUAUUCCUGACUAUACUAUCAUCCGUCGUGACAGAAAUCGCCAUGGAGGUGGCGUACUUCUUUACGUCAGGGAGAGUACCCCUGUGGAGCUAGUUACCAAGCACCCAAGCUUAGAACUCCUGCUAGUAGAAGCUAAAUUCACAAACAGCCCUACCCUUCUUGGUAUUUACUAUAGACCACCUUCGGCGGGGAGUGCCAACCUUGCAGACCUUGAGUGUGCCCUGGAGAGCCUUCAACCGUCUAGGCUAUCAAACUCUAUCCUUAUGGGUGAUUUCAAUAUUGAUCUCUCAAAAAACUCCAUGCAAAUGCUUUCUCAUUUCCACCUGACCCAGGUUGUCUCUGAACCUACUAGACUCACGGAUAAAGGUUCUUCACUUAUUGAUCAUGUCUACAUCUCUGACCACUCGCUCUUACAGUCGUGCUCCACGUCACCACCUCUAGGGUCCUCUGACCACCAAUGCAUCUCAGUGGUCCUCAAGUGGUCAACCAGACCUAUUAAAAGAGUCAAAAGAGACGUGUGGUUGUAUUCUAGAGCAGAUUGGGAUUCAGUUAAUGCAGAGCUUUUGUCAGACUCGACCACCACACACUCAUUCACAGAUAUAAACUCGGCCUUAUCCCAGUGGAAAAACUCCUUCCUUUCAGUCCUCAGUCGACAUAUCCCUCGACGUCUUGUCUCCACUCGCAAACACAUCCCUUGGCUGACUACUGAGAUCAUUCGCUUACUUCGUAGAAGGGAUUGCAGUCACUCUCGUGCCAAAGCUCUUAAUACAGAAUCGUCUUGGUCGAAGUUUCGCUCUCUCCGAAAUCGAUCAGUUGCUGCAGUUCGUGCAGCUAAGUGGGCUUUCCUUAAGAGCCUGGGCAGUCUAAUUAAGUCACCCAAGGAAUUUUGGUCAACUUACCAUGCGCUGUCACCAACUAAGCAGCGUAUACCACAUACUUUGACAAACGGUACCAUCACUGCUGACUCUCCGUUCAGCAAAGCAAAUUUGCUCAACACCCACUUCACCUCAUGCCUAUCUAACACCACUGAUGUCCUUUCAUCACCUUGGGAUGCUCCUGUUUCACCUUCCCUUGACUCUAUUUCCUGCUCUCCGGACCAGGUGCUUUCAUUGCUGUCUAGGACAAAGUUAAAAACUGCCUCAGGGCCAGACGGGAUAUCUAGUCACAUGCUGCGCAAAACCUCAUCCUCCAUCCAUCAUUUCUUCACGUACCUUUUCAACAAAUAGAUAGAGACGGGUGUCUUUCCUGAAGAGUGGAAAGCCUCUAAUGUAACACCAAUAUUUAAAGCAGGCGACCCCAAACUAGCGUCAAACUACCGUCCGAUCUCAUUACUAUCGUUACUAUCA